GUACCUCCCGUUCAGUGCUGUAAGGCUUUCGCAUUGCUAUCCAUUAUUCGAAAUUUGAUUCCUAUUUUGGAAAAACAUUUAUUUUUAAUCCAGACUUACGAUUACAUGGAAAUUGAACAUUAAUUAGUAAUCAAUAAUUAGACAACAAAUUAUAGGCGAAAAUGAAUAAAUUUUAUACAUUAGUCAUAUUGUUAUACUUAAUCACUGCCACAGUAUCUCAAAUAAAAAACGAUGACUUAAAUAGCAAUCCCUGCACUUCCAAAGAGACGUGUAGUGACUGUAUAACAGCGAACCCCCAGUGCGGGUGGUGUAUGAAGCGAGGUAAUUUCAGUUACCACCGGUGCGACUUCGUACACCGGCUCUCAGACCAGGGAUGUUUCGAUCAGAUAUUCUAUCCGACGCCUUCAUUCACUCCACUCCUCAACGAAGACCUCUCUAAUAAGACAUCAGAGGACAGCGAUCCCAUCCAAUUGAGGCCACAAAGGGUUCACUUGAAGAUCAGGCCUAACCUGCCAUACAGUGUGCACGUACAGUUCAAGCAGGCGCUCGACUAUCCCGUAGAUCUCUAUUAUUUGAUGGAUCUCUCGAAGUCCAUGGAAGACGAUAAGGAGAAGUUGGCACAACUCGGCAAUCAAUUGGCCGUUAAUAUGAGGACAAUUACAUCCAAUUUCCGGUUGGGUUUCGGCUCUUUCGUCGAUAAGGUUGUCAUGCCUUACGUCAGUACUGUUCGCGAGAAACUCGACGAGCCCUGCACUGGAUGUGCGGCGCCCUAUGGUUUCAGGAAUCACAUGAAACUGGAUACCGAUGCCAAUGAUUUUGUUAGGAAAGUGGCUGACACUCAGAUAUCAGGCAACUUAGACGCACCUGAGGGUGGGUUUGAUGCUAUAAUGCAAGCAAUUGUCUGUAAGAAUGAAAUCGGUUGGAGAGAAAAGUCGAGAAAAAUGUUAGUCUUUUCGACGGAUUCGGGCUUUCAUUACGCCGGAGACGGAAAGUUAGGCGGAAUUGUUAAGCCUAAUGAUGGCGACUGUCAUUUGGACAGAUCCGGUCUCUACACUGAGAGCACAACUCAAGACUAUCCGUCCAUCAGUCAAAUCAACCAUAAAGUCAAAGAACAUCACGUGAAUGUCAUAUUUGCCGUCACAUCCAAUCAGUAUGAUAUCUAUAGACAGUUAGCUGAGGGACAGAGCCCACUGAUUGAGGGCUCGACUGCCGGUAAACUGGAAAACGAUUCGUCAAAUAUAGUGACUCUCAUUCAGGACGAGUACUUGAAAAUCACUUCCGCUGUUGAGCUCAAAGACAACGCCACGGAUAACGUGAAGAUUACGUACUAUUCGUCGUGUCUUAGCCAGAAGAAGGAGGAGACAAAGAUAUGUCGGGGCCUACGAGUGGGCAAUUCAGUGACGUUUGAGGCCAAGAUUGAGGUGACUUCGUGUCCGCGCAACCGAAACGAGUGGAACCAAACAAUACUCAUAUAUCCGGUCGGUCUGAACGACGCUCUGAUCAUCGAUUUGGAAAUGAUAUGUGAAUGCGAUUGUGAGAAGCCGUGGAAUGAACAGCCCUACAGUCCCUAUUGCGAGCGCAGGGGUACCUACGAGUGCGGCAUUUGCUCGUGUAAUGACAACUUCUACGGCCGGCGCUGUGAGUGCGACGCCAAGGAAGCGAAUCCCGCCGAAGAGGAACAGUCGUGUAUUCACGGCAAUGACACCAAAUGCGACGCCAAGGAAGCGAAUCCCGCCGAAGAGGAACAGUCGUGUAUUCACGGCAAUGACACCAAAGUGUGUUCAGGAAGGGGCGUCUGCAGAUGUGGUGAAUGCGAGUGUUAUAAACGUGAAGCGCCCGAAGAGGUGACCGGAAAGUACUGCGAAUGCGAUAACUUUAGUUGCGAUCGAAAUGACGGCAAAGUGUGCAGUGGUCCGGAUCACGGCAAGUGCGAGUGCGGCACCUGUCUGUGCAACGAUGAGUGGACCAAAGCCGACUGUAGUUGCAAGAAGUCCAACGAGGACUGUGUCGACCCCCGCACUAACAAGGAGUGCAAUAACAGAGGGAAUUGUAAAUGCGGUCAAUGCCAGUGUGAGGCCAAAGGUGACGAACAAUACACGGGACAGUACUGCGAGGACUGCCCCACAUGUAAAUCUCAGUGCGAAAUAUACAAAGAGUGCGUUCAGUGCCGAAUCCAUCAGAGCGGGCCCUUAUCCGAGGACGCGGACGCGUGCAAUCAGUGCACCAUAAACCCGAUCGGAACCUCUGAGUUCGAGGUGACAGAAGGGGAACAGUUGUGUGUCUUCAUCGAUGACGAUGACUGCAAAUUCCAAUUCAAAUACAAGUACGAUGAGACGGAGGAUAUCAUUUUAGUGAUCGCCCAGAACACCAAGGACUGUCCCGAACCCGUCGAUGUCUUGGCCAUCGUUAUCGGCGUCAUCGUCGGCAUCGUUCUCAUCGGUUUAGCACUUCUUCUCAUUUGGAAACUCUUGACAACUAUUCACGACAGAAGAGAAUUCGCCAAAUUCGAGAAGGAGAGGAUGAUGGCGAAGUGGGACACGGUAUGUACCGGUGCUCUGGCACCCCUCCAGACCUUAUAACCCAUUAUA